AUGUUGGAAAAGAAGAACAUGGCCAUCGACCUCCCCCACAUCCAAAUUGAGGAUUUCCAAAAGUUCAAGAAUCUACUCUACACCGGCUGCUUAGAAGAGGAACCAACUGACGACCAGUUACUGGACUUGUUCGAGUUGGCGGACCACUACCAGGUGCAGCACUUGUGUGAGGUGCUUGCCAACCACAUUCACUUGCGACUUUCACCUCAGAACUUCGACCGGUUUUGCCAUUUUUCCAUUACUCAUUCCAGUGCCCUGCUCCGGCUCCCGUGCUGCAUAUAUGCCGCGUCAAAUGAAAGCGUGAAAGCGCAGUUUACUGGAGGCAAGCUCUCUGAGCCUGUCACGGAGGAGCUAGCUAGGUUCUUCGGUGUUGACGUCAAUCCGGCGAAGAAAAGACGCUUUUCUUUAUAG